CGAGAUUUCGAGAUUACUAUUUUCAGAACAAGGUAUCUAUCUCGGUUUUAUUUCAAGCGUCAAUGAUCUCUCGGUGAAAAAGUGAUAUUUUAUAUAUUUUCAGUGUAAUCGGAUUGGUCUGUUUGGUGCUGUUGUCACGAGGAAUGUGUGAAAUAUACUCUACGUUGAAGCAAAAUCUUUGUUGAACAUGAAAAUGAAGGAGGGAGUUGAAAUUCAGCAGAUGAUGGCGGUGGAGAGCUGUUUGUGCACCUUUCAGUGCAUGCGACUGAGGAUCGUCUAAGCAUAAGGAUAGCAACAGAAUCGUGCAUGUGUUCUUUCAGGCACUCUAAACAAUAUCGUAAUUCGUAAAACCUGAAAAAUCUUUGUAUGCAGUUGGCUAUAAGUUGUGUCGUCGAAUUUUGUAGUGUGCAUUGUCAUUAAACCGGCGGACGAUAAAGCUCAACUUCAUCUUUUAUAUGGAAUUUGGCAUGCGACUUAUGAAGCUUUUCUUAAUGUACUGUUCAUUGAAUGUUACACCAGGCGCAAAUAAGGGUUGACCUGGAAUAAUAAAACGACGCAUGCGUAGAAAAGUAAAGUGUUGUGCGUAAAGAAUCUUAUCGGAAAGAACUGUUUGCAUCAUAGUUAGUUACUUUUCACAGCUGAACUGAAAAACGAUCAAAUUUAAAUUAUGGAACAAUUCACUCGUCGCGUACUGUAAAUAUCUGCUCCCCAAGACAAGUUGUGAAAGGUUAUAGGAAGUGCACGAUAAGACAACAUGUCUUCGGGUACGUUUGUGGAUAGAAUAGAUCCGUUUGCGAAGCGUUCCUUAAAGAAGAAGACUAAAAAAUCGCAGGGCUCAUCGAGAUAUCGGAAUUCGGCAGAUUUAGAACUACAGCCCCUCCCUCUUCUAAAAGAUGUCCCUUCAUCAGAACAAGAGGAACUCUUUAUUCGCAAAUUACGCCAGUGUUGUGUGGCAUUUGACUUUAUGGAUCCUGUGGCCGACCUGAAAGGAAAAGAGAUAAAGCGAGCAACCCUCAAUGAACUUGUUGACUAUAUCACUGCGGGUCGGGGUGUUCUCACAGAACCAGUAUACCCAGAGAUUAUAAAGAUGAUCUCUGCCAAUCUCUUCAGGACACUUCCGCCAAGUGAAAACCCUGAUUUCGAUCCAGAAGAAGAUGAUCCCACGCUGGAAGCAUCGUGGCCACAUUUACAGCUGGUAUACGAGUUUUUCCUGAGGUUUUUGGAGUCGUCCGAUUUUCAGCCAACUAUUGGAAAAAAGGUCAUAGACCAAAAAUUUGUACUUCAGCUGCUGGAUUUGUUCGACAGUGAAGAUCCUCGAGAACGAGAUUUCCUUAAGACUGUGCUUCAUCGUAUAUAUGGCAAAUUUCUUGGGCUCCGUGCAUUUAUUCGUAAACAAAUAAAUAACAUCUUCCUAAGGUUUGUCUAUGAAACUGAACACUUCAAUGGAGUUGGUGAGCUACUUGAAAUUCUAGGAAGUAUCAUCAAUGGAUUUGCACUGCCACUGAAGAAUGAGCACAAGCAGUUCCUUGUUAAAGUGCUACUACCACUUCAUAAAGUAAAAUGUCUCUCUCUCUACCAUGCACAGUUGGCUUAUUGUGUUGUGCAAUUCCUGGAAAAAGAUGCUACCCUUACAGAACCUGUGGUGAAGGGGUUACUGAAGUUCUGGCCUAAAACCUGCAGUCAGAAAGAGGUAAUGUUUCUUGGAGAAAUUGAAGAAAUUUUAGAUGUUAUUGAACCAACACAAUUUGCGAAAAUACAGGAGCCGCUUUUUAGACAAAUUGCAAGAUGUGUUUCCAGCCCUCAUUUUCAGGUUGCUGAGCGUGCUUUGUACUUCUGGAACAAUGAAUACAUCAUGAGUUUAAUAGAAGAACACAACAAUGUGAUAAUGCCAAUAAUGUUUCCAGCUCUGUACCGAAUAAGUAAGGAACACUGGAAUCAGACUAUUGUGGCCCUUGUGUACAAUGUGCUCAAAACAUUCAUGGAGAUGAAUAGCAAGUUGUUUGAUGAGCUCACAGCUUCAUAUAAAGCUGACAGGCAGAAUGCACCAGACCAAACUUUGGCCAAUAACAAAUGAUUAAUGACGAGAUUGAGGUUUGCAGCGUAUCGAAGGGAAAAGAAGAGAGAAAAAGAAAGAGAUGAGCUGUGGAAAAGGCUUGCAGAACUGGAGGUGAAUAAUAAAGUAAAAAAGAAAUAACCCUAACAUGAUUAAGUGAUGUACUAUAAAGAAGAAUCAUAGAACUUUAUUUGCUGUUAUAUUUGUUGUGUGAUGAACGUGUGUGGUGACCAGACUAAAAGCUCUCGGUGAUUGUCAGUGUUAGUCUGGUAGAGCAAAUGGGAAAAGCAGCAGCCAGAUUGGUGCUAAGCUAAAUUUGUAAGAAUGUGAUUACUUCAGCUUCUAACUUGUCUUGAGAGUUGGGAACAUGAUGUCAGAAGCUAGAAGCAGCAAGACUGGGCGGGCGGGAUUAUUGUUCACCUCUGUGUGUACCUCCAAACCCAGAUAAUUCUUAGCAGAUAAACUGAAUAUUGAUGUGCAUCCACCAAGUGCUACUGUUCUGCACAAAUUGUUGGCAUUUCCACUGACUGAAAUCUUAAUAAAUAUUAAAUAUAUUUGAUGAGAUAUUGUAUAGCAUGUAUACAUUUAAAAAUGCCUCAGAAAAUAAAUCUGCAACAAAAUUAAUGUGUAAA